CGCCUCUCUGGGUCAGGCUGACGCAGCAGGCCGCAAACCUCCGAGCGCAGGCCACCGCACUUAUCCGCAGCAGCGCCACCCGCAGCCUGUGGGGUGCGCUCUUCCAAGUGGCCGCCCAGCUCCCGGCCAGCCUGCGCCUGCGCAGAUCUUUAAUGGUUCUGUCCGGGAGACCCCUGGCACUCCGGAUUAAGAUGGCGGCGGCUGCCAGGCGGGGCUGGGGAGCUGCGGCUGUUGCCGCGGGGCUGCGCAGGCGGUUCUGUCAUAUGUUGAAGAAUCCAUACACCAUUAAGAAACAGCCUCUGCAUCAAUUUGUACAAAGACCACUUUUCCCACUACCUGCAGCCUUUUGUAACCCAGUAAGAUACAUGUUUAUUCAAACACAAGAUACCCCAAAUCCCAACAGCUUAAAGUUUAUACCAGGAAAACCAGUUCUUGAGACAAGGACCAUGGAUUUUCCCACCCCAGCUGCAGCAUUUCGCUCCCCUCUGGCUAGGCAGUUAUUUAGGAUUGAAGGAGUAAAAAGUGUCUUCUUUGGACCAGAUUUCAUCACUGUCACAAAGGAAAAUGAAGAAUUAGACUGGAAUUUACUGAAACCAGAUAUUUAUGCAACAAUUAUGGACUUCUUUGCAUCUGGCUUACCGCUAGUUACUGAGGAAACACCUUCAGGAGAAGCAGGAUCUGAAGAAGAUGAUGAAGUUGUGGCAAUGAUUAAGGAAUUGUUAGAUACUAGAAUACGGCCAACUGUGCAGGAAGAUGGAGGAGAUGUAAUCUACAAAGGCUUUGAAGAUGGCAUUGUACAGCUGAAACUCCAGGGUUCUUGUACCAGCUGCCCUAGUUCAAUCAUUACUCUGAAAAAUGGAAUUCAGAACAUGCUACAGUUUUAUAUUCCAGAGGUAGAAGGCGUAGAACAGGUUAUGGAUGAUGAAUCAGAUGAAAAAGAAGCAAACUCACCUUAAAAUAAUCUGGAUAUUCUUUGGGUACAACAGUCAGACUUGUUGAUAAUAUAUACAAGUUUUUAUUAUUAAUAGGCGGAGGAACUUAAAGAUUAAUAAAAUAUCUUCAGAGAAUGAUAUAUAAA